CCUCUGGGUGGGUGGGGCAGGGAGCCUGGGGGAAGAGGCUUCAAAGAUGAGAUAACAUUUGAACAGGUUGUGAAAGUUUUGAAUAAUACUUUAACAGGUAGAAAAGGAAGGGAAAAGUACGACAGGUAAAGGGAACACCAUACACAAAGGUAUGGCGGUAUGAAAGCAGCUCCUUACUACACAGGUGAGCGUUCAUAAGAUUUGUGGGGAGUCUCUUGCCCUGAAGGAGUUGUGUGUAUAUAAAAGGGGUUUUCCCAACACUGCCAUUUUCCUGCUGACUAAUUCUAAGAACAAUCCCUGCCCCCAACAUGGGCUUACUGGAGCCGAACAGUUCACCAAACACUGACUUUCUUUUUGAAUUUAUGCCUCACCACGGCCCCUCCACUUCAGCCAGGCAGGUAAGAUUUUCCCACUUUUCAGAUGUGGAAACUGAAGCUCAGACAGGUAAAGCGAUUGGCUCAAGUUCACAGGCCAAUAGAUGCCAGCGCUAGGGCUCAAGAAUGGAACUCGAGUGUUCUAUUUACCAAGGAGAUCUGGUUGCUCAGCACUUGGUAGCUUCUACCUCCAGAAGUUGGACACUUCACUGGUCCUCUUAUGUCAAAAUGGAUGAGUCUCCCCAAGAUGUGCCUCCACCUCCAAAAGAGACCCAGAAGGAACCCCCAAGUUCUACCUCACCCCAUCAGGGAAAGAAAAAGAUGGUCUAUGAGAAAACCAUCACCAAGUCAAUGUCCAAGUGCCCAUGGCUGGAAUUUCAAGAGAGGGCAAAAGAAUUCAGGAAAGCCACAGCUCUUGUUCACCUACCCUUGUCCUGCUAACAGAUGCCAAAGGAAGAGUUCCCCCCAAGUCCAGAGUGCUGGAGGCAGCACCCAAGCAAGCCACACUCGGUGCCCUACUGCUACUCCCAGAGGCCUGAAAUCUACUCGCACUGGCAUACUCUCUAUGACCAGCGAGAGGACCGCGAGGGCCAGAAGAUACUGUGGAAAAUGAGAGAUCUCCCUAGGCACUUCAGGGAGAGUAUUCACCUCCAAAAACUUCAUCUCCCCAUGAACAAAUUGUCUCUAAAACCUCAGGUGACAACCAGGGCCUUAGGGCCUACCUUGGACCCCCUGAAGUGGCAAAGAUUAAAGGAACUCACACAAAGUCUGAAAUCUCCCAGAGAGGAUGAGCAACAUUACGCAGCUCAGGCUCUGGGGUGCCUGGGCAUCAAUGACAAAUUCAUCAUGGAGGCAUUAUGGGAGGUGGCCAAAACUGGUCCAGAGAAAGUGAAGUUCGAGGCCUAUCGAUCCCUGGCUCUCCUGGGUUGCCUGAAUAAGCAUGUGAUCCAGGCUCUCAUCCACCAUUUGAAGGGGAGAAAUGAAGCUCGAAGGAUGGAGACCCUGGUGGGGCUACGGAUGGCUCUGAACAACUGGGUGGCUGUCCCUAAAGACAAGAGGGCUCCUGUGGGGGACGAAGGGAAGCUGGCACGUCUGCUGCAGAUGCUGAUGAAAGCCUUGCCGAAUGAUGCAGCUCUGGAGGCAGCUCUGUGCCUGGGUUUCCUGAGGCCCUGCAGCAAGGUGGUCCUAGAGUUCCUGCUGCAGUGCCUAGGCGGAGGGCCUAAGACCCAGCAGAUGAAGGCACUUAGGAUGCUGGUCAAGGUGAUGCACGUGCACUCAGCCGCAGUCAUCAAGGCCAUCCUAGAGCAGCUGUGCUCUUCCAGUGUCCUUGAGCACCGCUUGGAAGCCACCAAGAUGCUCAGGACCAUUGGGCUGGAAAAGAUCCGGGCACAGGAGUUGGAGGGACUCACAUUUGACCUACUCAGGAAGAAGAUGUUUAAUGAACCUUUUCUGGCUAUGAGGCAGGCUGUGGCUGAAACUGUGGAGGAGCUCAAGAUGAAGCCUAUGAUGAUGAACUUGGUGGAGGCGCAACUGAUGAACUCAUGUGCCACUGCACGCCAGGAAGCAGUCAUCUCUUUGGGUGUCCUGGGUAUCCGCAGCCCUCAAGUGUACCACCUGCUCCUAGACAUGCUAGAUGCAGAAAAGAGCCAGGAUAUGAAGAAAAGCCUACAAAAAACAUUAAUCCUUUUGGCCUCAACUGAUCCCUGGGUCCAAAAAAAGUUGAAGAACAAGGUUCUCUUUGUAUAUGAGGCGCCUGAGACCAAUGUAGAGCCAGAGCCUACAAGGUUCCGGAAGGAGCCUGAGAGCCCAGAAGAGUUAACUAUCCAAGACUUUCAACUUGCACAGCUGAGCCCAUUGUUUGUUGCAAAGUCCAGUGUCAAGAUGGACCAAGAAGAAAAGUUGACAGCCCUGACAGGAUCUGUCUUAAGCCCCACCAUCAGUUCAGACUUGCAUGCAGCCAUUGCCUUCUCAUCUCAUUUCUCUAAACCAGUAAAAGACACGUCACAGGCUAAAGGGCCCUGGGAGCCAAGGAUCAGGAAACAGCUCCAGACCCUCGCUAAAACCUCCAAAUACAUCAGCUCACUUCCUGAUGAUGCUUCUCAGGCUCCCCUGAGAAAACAAUCUAUACUUACCUCCCAUGAAUAAAUGUGUCACUCUACCCAGCACACCUCUCUGAA